UCUUCGACUCUUCCCUUACCCCAAUCCCACAAAAGCCUCUCAGGAGCCAUUUUGCGGUGACUCCGAUAGAGAGAAGGGCAGAGUCGCAGAGACCUGGGACGGUCUCUGUUCUUACAAACUUUCUUGACGUUUUAUUUUGGUUUUGGUUCUUUUGACAACCCAAAACCUAAACCAAAGCUUAGCAAGAAAGAAAGAACAAUGGCGUUUCCCAGGCUCAGGCUUUCUCGACGUGUUGUGGUUGUGGCUAUUGUGGCUCUGUUUUGUGCUAUGGCCAUUGACUAUAUUGAGGGUAAGGAGUCUCCUGCCAAGCCCGCACCAAACCAAGCAAAGAAAUCAGCUUCUCCGGCUCCUUCUCCUUCGGCUGAAGCUCCAGCUCCCGGCCCCAGCAGCGAUGGGAUUUUGAUUGAUCAAGGAAUUGCAUGCGUGCUGAUGUUGGUGGCCUUGGUGCUCACAUACCUCAUCCAUGAAGCAGAUCUUCCCAAGUUCUAAAAUUCACACAGAAAUAUAGAAUGGAUGAAGGAACAGAUGCAGUGAGGGUUAGGACAUUUUGUUUAGUCAGGCUGAGACUGGUUGAAGGUGAUGCCAAUUGUAGCAUUCUGAGUUCUGACUUUCACAAAAUUACAAAUUCUUCUUGUAAGUUUUGGUGGCUGUAUCACUCUAUUUCACUUAAACAAACAAACAUUAUUUUC